GGAGUCGGGCGAUCUCAACUAUCGUUCUGUGAGGAGGGUUGCAACACCACUUCCGGGCCGUUGUCAUUGUCGUCGUCUCCGUCAAAUCCGCACUGCACAACCGAGUCUCGUUUGACGUGCAAACGCGACGAUCUCCAAGAUGCCUGGCGCAAGCGUGGCAGUCAUGCCAUCCCCAGCAGCAUCCGCGCCGACUGCGCGGAAGGCACCACUUGCCCCGGAGAGAAAAUACAAGUGCCAAUUCUGCAAUCGGGCCUUCAGCAGGAGCGAGCACAGAAGCAGGCAUGAGCGUUCCCACACGAAAGAGCGGCCGUUUAAGUGUAUGAAGUGUCGCAGCACCUUCGUGCGACGCGAUCUUCUCCUCCGCCAUGACCGCACCGUCCAUGCCAAAGAUGGGGGUGUUCCCCUCCACAGCGAUGGCAAGCGUCGCGGUGGUCCUAAGGCUGCCAGGCCUGUCAGUGGUCCUUCUAAGUCUGCAAUUGCCAUUGACACAUCGGCUCUCGAACAGCUUGAGGCCAGUAGUGACGCGAUACUCGACGUGGAACACGCUGCCAUGCUUAUCACCGGCUUUCAGCACAACACGUCGGCAGCGGCCAAGGACGGGCACUACGAUGGCAGUUCGAGCAUGGGUUUCUCACAGGAUGACUCUACCAUGAUGGAGACCUCGGUGACAUAUUCUAAUGGCGCAAUUGGCCUGCCGCAGUGGGAUAGUUUCGUGGACCAGCCGGAGAACAAGGCACAUUCCAUCGACGCGACUGCUUCGACCGCGUUUGGCGCCCAGACUCCCGGCCAUUUAGCUCCUCUUGUCGGACAAAGUGCGAACACUGUUCCUCCAGGCUUGCAGGCCAUGAUCAACUCCCUCCCGCCAUCAGGCGCCGUCACUUCAACUUCGCAGUCGCUGUUUGCGCCGCAGCGCGCGAGUGCCCCGGCCGACGCCUCGCAGCCGCCCGCGGGAUUCAAGGCUCCUCAGGUUAUCAAUGACGAGGAACGCAACGUGAUCCUGGACAAUAUCCGCAGCGAUGAUAGCGAACAUGCCAUCCCAGAUGGCUUCCGUCUCCCCAACCUACCCUCUCUGAACCGCUUCCUGGCGACCUAUUUCGGCCUGUUCCACCAUCACCUGCCGUUCCUGCAUCCGGCCUCGUUUGAACCAACGCAGGUGUCGCCUGCGCUCCUUCUGGCAAUCCUCUCAAUUGGCGCCCUGUACGCCUUCGAUCAAGAGCAUGCGUACAUGCUCCAUAUCGGAUCCAAGGUGCUCGUCAACCAGUUCUUGCAGAACAAGGAGAACUUCAGCUCCCGGAAGUGCCCGCUGUGGACGAUGCAGAGCUCGCUGCUCAACAUGAUCUUUGCCAGCUGGAGCGGUGAUCCGAAGGGUCUUGAGUGGGCGUGCUCCAUCAAGAGCCUGCUCGCCAACAUGGUCGCUGGGAAUCGUUACGAGCUGAAGCUUCGGCAGGAAGCGCGUGAGGGUCGCUCGCCGACGCGCGCUGAGUGGAUCGAAGACGAAGGUUGCCGCCGUACAUACUACGCCGUCUACAUCUUCUUCGGUCUUCUGACCCUCACGUACAACCACACGCCGGCCAUCAGCUUCAACGAGUUCGAGGACCUCCAGCUGCCCUCCACCGAGGCGCUGUGGAACCUGAAGGUUGUCGAGGAUGCCUGGCAAGAUCACCUGAAGGCGUCCCCUGUCGUGACUUUUAUGGAAGCGCACGACAAUCUUUUCCAGGGGGAGAUACUGAAGUACAGCGCCUUUGCGACGCGUGUGAUGAUCAACGCGCUCUUCCUCGAGGUCUGGUAUCACAAGCGCAGCCCUGAGGCGUUGCAGGAUGUGGUUACUGAGUACAAGCUGCGGCUUGCUCUCGAGACAUGGGAGAAGUCCCUAGAUCUAUGCGAGCCCGAGGCUUUUGCGGUGCCGCUCAGCGCGCCUCACAAGGGCCAUCCGCUCAUCUUCAAUGCGAAGGCUAUGUUCCGCAACGCGCGUGCUCGGCUGGAGGUGGACCUGAAGACGGUGCAGGAGGCGCUACGAUACCACGACUCAUACGAAGUUGCGGCGGCCAUGUCGAACGCGAGGGACCGCGUGAAGCGCUCGAGCGAGAUGCUCAAGGUCAUUCAGGAGUGCUACAACUGCAUCGAAACUGCCGUUCUCCAGGGCGUCCGCUGGGUAGCCCGUACUUCGCCGACCAACUGGAGCAUUGAGCACCCGCUGUGCGGCAUGGACCUCAUGAUCAUCCUUAGCUUGUGGCUGUAUCGCCUGGAACAUGACGAGGAGCCUGCAACUGAGGAAGAGCAAGUCAUGUACCACCGUGUCCGCCAGCUGUUUGACAAAGACCUCGACGAGACGUAUGUCACGCGCCUGAGCUCUGUCGUGGCCCGUCUAUGGGGCUCGAUGCUGGACGAGGUGGUUGUCUGGGGAAUCACUCGUCUGAUGGGCGAAUCCUUCCGCCUCCAUUCCCAAGCGCUCGUGGGUUAUGUGGACGAUAUUGCUGCUUCCUCAAGCGUCUCGACGCCGUCUAUGACCUCUCAGGGUGCGGACGAGGACAGCGUGUAUUAAUUUGACGAAGUUGAUGAGAUUUCUUAUUUGACUGUCGAG